UUUCCACUUUUCUAUUUCUUUUUUUCGUCUGUAAACCAAAAUCCCCAAAUCCAAAUCCAAAACCCUAAUUCACUGUCUGGCAGAACCACCGAACAACAAUGGCGUUCCGCAGCAAGCUCCGAUUACUUACACUCCAACGCAACCGCCCAUUUUCCUCUUCAAUUCUGAACCCGGACUCCAAAACCCCACCACUCAGCAGGAAAGAGAAAUCUCGAGCCGCGCUCUCUGCGCUCUCCCUCCUCCGGUUAGAAACGAAUCCGGAACGAAUCGUCGAUAUCUGCCGAGCCACCUCACUCACCCACGGCACGCACCUGUAUCGUGACGCCUACUCCGUCGCCAUUUCCAAGCUCAAAAAAUCCAACAACUACGGCGGCAUUCGUACCAUCAUCAAAAACUCCUUAUCCCGUACAGAUUGCAGAUCUGAGCUCUCCGUUUCUCAUUUGAUCGUUCUCUACGGCCAGGCGGGUCUUAUCAAGGACGCUCUCCAACUGUUCGACGAAAUGCCAAGCUUAGGCAUUCAGAUCGGUGUGAAAGCUUUGAACUCGCUGCUGUUCUCCUGCAUUAUAGCUGGAGAAUACAGCGAAAUGAAGAGGGUUUUUUCGGAUUUUCCGGGAAAGUACGGUUUGGAGCCGAAUGUGGACACUUACAACACUGUGUUGAAGGGCUUGUGUGAAUCGGGUAGUGCGGAUUCGGCCCACUCUAUACUGGCGGAGAUGGAGAGCAAAGGUAUAAAUCCCGACGCGAAGACGUUUUCUGUUGCGAUUGCUGGUUUCUACAAGGAGGAGAAAUUCGACGAUGUCGAAAAAAUGAUUGUUUCGAUGAAGAAAUACGGAGUGGAAAAAGGGAUCGGUAUUUACAACGUUAUGAUGCAGAGCUUGUGUAAGCUGAAAAGGUCGAAUGAGGCGAAGGCGUUAUUGGACGAGAUUCUGUUGAAAAAUAUGACGCCGAACUCUGUGACGUACGGCCAUUUGAUUCACGGGUUUUGUAAAGAAGGAAAAUUGGAUGUGGCCAAGAGUUUGUUCGAGGAGAUGAUUAGUAGAGAAUUGAAGCCACAGGCCGAGUGUUAUUUUACGAUGGUUUAUUAUUUAUGUAAAGGGAAUGAUUUUGAGGUUGCCUUAACCAUAUGUAAGGAAUCUAUGUCGAAGGGUUGGAUUCCGAAUAUGACGACAAUGAGGUGUCUUGUGAGUGGACUGAUUAGUGUUGAGAAAGUCGACGAGGCGAAGGAAAUUAUUGCAGUGAUGAAGGACAAGUUCUCUAGGAAUGUCGAUCCGUGGAUUGAGAUUGAGGAAGGAUUACCUAAGUAGUCGAGUGCUGAUUUAUCUUUUGUUUAUAUCGUAUCGUGUUUGUAGUAACUCUGCGAUGAAGAGUUCGGCGUUGGUUGGACUUUUGUUCUUGAAAUGAAGCUGUGUUAAUAAACAUGUCAUGUAUGCAUGAUCUUUUUAA